CGCCGCGGCGGAGUCCAAGGUGCGUUCCUGCCAUCGAAACCGCAACAGGCAUCACGAAGGAGAAAAACAGGACAGCGUGCGCGUGCUGUUUACGGAUUUUUCUUCCAAAGUAAACAAACCCAGACUUUUACAGUCCAGGAACUAUACUUUUUUAUUUUUAUUUUUAAAGAGGAUCGAGUCUGCUUGGAGGUAAACAGAGACACUCAGAGAGAGGACAUGGAGGUCGCAGCGGCGGACCAGUCUCGGUGGAUGGCGCACCAUCACGCCGUGCUCAACGGCCAGCACCCGGACUCUCACCACCACAGCCUGAGCCACAACUACAUGGAGCCUAUGGCGCCUUUGCUGCCUCAGGACGAGGUGGACAUGUUUCUGAACCACUUGGAUUCUCAAGGGAACCCCUACUACACCAACUCCCGCGCGAGGGUCACGUACAGUCAAGCGCACGCUCGCCUCGCUGGGAAUCAGGUCUGCAGGCCACACCUCAUCCACAGCCCGGGGAUUCCUUGGUUGGACCCCGGGAAGGCCGCCCUGUCCGCGGCGCACCACCACAACGCGUGGGCGGUCAGCCACUUCAAGCCGGGCCUGCACCCCGCCGGCUCCGGGUACCCGUGCAGCAGCAGCGCCGGCACGGCCUCCGUGUCCUCCCUCACCCCCGCGUCCCACUCCAGCCCGCACCUCUACAGCUUCCCCCCCACCCCGCCGAAGGACGUAUCCCCGGACCCGGGCCCCACGUCCCCGACGUCCACCUCGAACAGGAUGGACGAGAAGGACUCGCUCAAGUACCAGGUGCCGCUGGCGGACGGGAUGAAGAUGGAGAGCUGCAGUCCGCUCCGAGGCGGCCUGGCCUCCAUGAACAGCCAGGCUCCGGCCACCCACCACCCCAUACCCACGUACCCGGCCUACUCUCUGCCCACACCCCACGAGUACAGCGGCAGCCUGUUCCACCCGGGCAGCCUGCUGGGGGGCUCGGGCUCCAGCUUCACGACCAAGUGCAAAAGCAAGGCCAGGUCGAGCUCAGAACUCUAUGCAGAGGGUCGUGAGUGCGUGAACUGCGGUGCCACGUCCACCCCUCUGUGGCGGCGGGAUGGGACGGGCCACUACCUGUGCAACGCCUGCGGACUUUACCACAAGAUGAACGGCCAGAACCGGCCCCUCAUCAAGCCCAAACGGAGACUGUCUGCUGCCCGGCGUGCUGGAACCUGCUGUGCCAACUGCCAGACCACCACCACCACCUUGUGGAGGCGCAACGGGAACGGAGACCCGGUGUGUAACGCCUGCGGCCUUUACUAUAAACUGCACAAUGUCAACAGACCCCUGACCAUGAAGAAGGAAGGCAUCCAGACGCGCAACCGCAAGAUGUCCAGCAAGUCCAAGAGGAACAAGCGGGCAGGGGACGGCUUUGAUGAGCUGUCCAAGUGCAUGCAGGACAAGGCCUCGCCCUUUUGCACUGCGCCCGGCCUCACCAGCCACAUGACCCACAUGGGUCACCUCCCCCCGUUCAGCCACUCAGGACACAUGCUGCCCACUCCCACGCCCAUUCACCCCUCGUUCGGUCACCCGCACCACUCCAAUAGGUCACCGGUCUGGGCUGAACCUCACUGAGGGUCCGUUUAGACCCAGAGACCCCUUCGCCAGUAGGAGCCACCGCAUCUCCAUAAACACUAAACGGCCUCCGCAUCACGCCAAACGCUGAGCAGACUUGUGUACAGUGGAAGGAGAGGGGCUGCUUCCUGUUGAACUGAGGCUCACGCCAUCCCCGACCCCACUGACGGGACAUGACAGAGAGCAGGACUUUACUGGACUCUGUUCCCAAGAGUCUGGGGCUGACAGGAGAGGAGUGAAUAGAGACGCUUGUCAUUAUUUUUUAUUUUUUACUAAGUCACUUUGGUACCCACCUCUCCCUGACGCCCUAACAGGAGAGAGGUCUGAAAAAGGAGCGCUGUUUUCACCUCACGUUCAUGACGAGCAGCCUGUCCCGCCUGCUGUCCAGAACUGCUGUGGACAGACGGACAGAGACAGACUCAUCCGUGCUGGAAGCUGUCACUGACGAGCUGAGAGCUACAGAACCUGUAAAACGGCACCGAUGGAACCAGAACUGUCCCCACAUGCUGGAUUGUACACCACCACACGGCUCACCUGUUUUGGAUAACAGUUUUAUUGGUAAGAAAA